AGUUGAUAUUCGACGGGCUAAUUAAGCUCCCGCUUAAAGUCUGCACGGAGCCAAUCCCCAGAUUUCAAGGCGUAUCAGGGGCAAUCCUUCGCCGUGCAGCGUCCGCCCGUCCCGAUAGGUAUCUUCCUGAAUCAAUCUGAGGAGGCCAUAAACCCCCCAAGACGUCGACUGCUCGUGAUGCCCUCGCGCCCAUCCCACCCACGAUAGUCCGACACGUCAGUACGUCAGCACGUCUGGCGCCAUGUCGCGCUGGAGGCCGUUACCACGAAUUGCCUUUGCGAUAUGCACGUAUCCAUUCCAGCCCUCGUCGCCCGCCGACCUGCCACUCGAGAUUGGCGACGAACUGUACAUCAUUGAGCAGGGGGGGAAGGAUGGCGCCUGGUACCGGGGCUACUUGGUUGCGCCGCCCUCGCUGCUGGCGGGCCUGACGAGCGUCAAGGGCCAGACACUGGAGGCGCGCGUCUUCUCGGGCAUCUUCCCGCGCUGCUGCGUCGAGGUGCGCGAGGUGCUGGGCGAGCGGAAGAGUACCGGGCCAAGCGAACACACGUCCAACGGCGUCAUCACGCCCACCGAGAGCACACGUACCGCCUCUCCCGCCGCGAAAGGCGCACACCGAACCUCCAAGACCGACGCAGCCUCCGCCCUCACACGCCGAAAGUCGAACCGGAAGCGCGCCGGCAGCCACGGCUCACAAUGGACCGCUCGCGAGGAACACCUCCAGCAGCUCGCGCUGCCGCUGUCUCCCAUAUCAGACCCCACCGCCCCGCGCCCCCCUGCGCCUGUGCCUAUGCUCAAGAUUGGCGACGAGACGCCCACAUCAGCCCAGGAGCCCUUGGUCGACGAGAUUGCGUCCUGCCUGCGCGAAUGGCACUCGACCAAGGUACACGAGCUGCUGCUGGCGCGGAAAUACAGCGCCCUGGAUCACAUGUCAGCACUCGUGAACCGUCUCGACACAGCGCGCCGCCAGCUGCUGCACAAGGUGCUGACUGCAAAGGAGCUGGAGAAGGUGCGCGAGGCGACCGUGUGGGAUCUUGUGGCUGGCAACAAGAUGCUUUCUGGGGAUGUCAUAGUGCGGAGCCCCUCGCAGCGCGGCCGCAUAUUGACAGGAGACGACUCGGCCAUUGAUAUCACCAGGCUGCAGUCAAUGAUGAGUUUGCUGGAAAGCCAACCUACACCUCAGGCUGACGAGCACAACCUACAUCAUCUUUUCGUCAGCCUGAAGAGUGUCUUGGGUGACGUCGUGGCGGGAGCGGCCCAAGUGAGCAUGCACCUGUGUUUGAAGACGCCUGGAACGGCAUCGCAACCUCUGUCGGAAGCAUAUUCGUUUGAUCUAACCGCACGGGAUGGAAGCGCAGUCUCAUUCGCUAGCGACAAACUACGUUCGCUUCUCGUCGACCUUAGCUCAACUGACAUUGGAGAAGGCGCAGGCUCCGGUACCGGCUUGUAUCUUGUGUUUCGGUUGAUGACAAAUGAGCCCAUACACAUGCCAAUUCCUGGAGAGAAACCGGGCGUGCCCACCGAGAGCACAUCCAACAACAAUUCAGGAGUGCAACCCUCCCAACAAGGAAGUGUCAAGAGCGGGAGGCGCAGUGCCAUGUUUGGUUCCAAGCGGACCAAGUCAGCCAAUCCCAGAAUGACUGACUUAACCAGUGCCUCGCGCCCCAGCACCGAGUUGAAUCGCUCUCAAAGCUCGGAAGUCCGACCAAGCUCUGCGUUGUCCAAAACCAGAAGUCUGUCCAAAGAACAAAAGACGCUGAAGAGGGCUGUCGCAGUUGGUGUUUUGCGCGUGAACCAACUGAUCCAGGCUGAGUCAGAAGCUGAUCAAACUGUGACUAUGUGGUCUACGGCAGCCCCUACGGACGAAACGUCGGAAGAUGACGUUGGCUGGGAUAACUUUUUGACCGACGUCUACCCAAGCGCAAGUGGAAAGUACAAGAAGAAUGCCCCUAUCAGUCAGCUGACGCUUCAUCUCAAAGCUUUUGUGCAUCCGGACGCCGACGGCUUGAUCGAGAGGACGCCGACAUUGCUUCAGAACAUCAAACAGACUAGGAAGAUUGGAUUUACAGGCGCGCCGACUAAGCCUCGCAGCGACAUUUACCUCACACUCGUCGAGCCUUUCCUCCCAAAGAAUGCAUUCUUAGCUCACCCCAAAACCGGGACAGUGCCCCUCAUGCAAUCUUCUCCGAUGGGAAACUUGCAACUGACUAUCGAAGUCCGAAAGAGCUCAGGGGAGCGUAUAGAAGGAUGCAUUUACCCUUCAACCAACAGUACAGGACAUACUGCUUGGCGCACAACAGCAGUGGAGCGGGGUGAAGGCUGGAGCUCGACUAUUCGACUUGCCAUUGACCCACAACAUGUUCCUGGAUCCCACCUCGUCAUGAGCGUUGCAGAUGCGCCCGGAUUUCCAUUUGCGCUCUGCUGGAUGCCUCUCUGGAACCAAGAUGCUUUUGUCCGAGAUGGAGACCAUGCCCUGUCCUUGUACCGAUAUGACGAAUACACAUCAGGAAUGAUCGCAGGAAAAGGAGCCUAUCUUGGCCUGCCCUGGAGCGUGAAGAAGAAGGACGAACAUGUGAUGGGUCCGAUGGCCGCUGUACAUGUCAGAACAUACCUCUGCAGCACUAGAUACUCGCAAGAUCCCACGAUACUAGGUCUCAUCAAGUGGCAAGAACUACCAGCGGGGGAGCUCGUUGGACUGCUACGACGAUUCAACUUUGUUCCAGAGAUUGAGAUCGUAAAGCUGUUGAGCGAAGUGUUUGACGCUCUUUUCGCCAUACAAAACCACUACGCUGGUAGUGAUGAGUAUGAAGACUUAGUUUUCAAUGCCGUAGUUUUUGUCCUGGGUAUCGUUCAUGACCGCCGCUUCAACCUCGAGCCGCUGGUUGAUCAGUACGCACGAACAAAGGUGUUUCAUUCCCUUGUCACAUCUUGUCUCAUGCAGAGCUAUGGUCGGCUAUUGUCCAAACCUACAGAUUCCGAAUACUCGCGACGACUGCGGGCCACCUUCAAAGUCGGAAAGCUCAUCAUGAAAUUCCUCGUGAACGCUCGAGAGAAACAAAAAAUCAAGGAAGAGAGUAUAGGGAUCAAGAACCGGGCCCAGUUCAAGAAGGAAAUGAGAGGCUUGUUCACAUCACUAGAGGAUUUGAUGAAGAAUCCAUCCCCUGUACUCGUCGGCACCAAAACCCUGCUAGUGCAAAACUUCCAUUCUUGGCUACCGGAGCUCGAAGGCUGUAUGUCGACCAAGGACAUCUUCAAACUGGCUGAGAGCUUCAUCGAAGCAUGUACAGCAGUUCAAGGCAAGCUCAUACUGUACAAGCUGCUACUCAUCCACCACAUUUCUGAUAUGCAACUGUUCCGUACACAGGAAACCCGCCGUAUCCUCCUCGUAGAUACUGUGAAAUGGCUUGCGCCCUACUGGGGUAAAGUAGAAACUGUCACUGAUCAAUGGAAGGACCAAGUGCGCAUUUGCUGCUCUGUCAUUGCAGCUCAAGUCGAAGACCUGGGACCCGAAGCCUGCGAGUACAUGCCCAAGCUGGUGGACUCGUACCGCGCGAUACAAGCAAUGCCUCGACCAGCCAAGAAGACACUAUCGCUGUUGUUUCCUACUGCCUAUCCGUUUCAGACUAAGCCAGCUACAACUGAGGCGAAUUUCGACGAAGCCUUAGCGGAGAUAUCGGCUGUUCUCGCAGCAUUAUCUGGCUCACCCGUACUGGUUCCACUGGACUGGUCAAAAGAUGAUACAUCAGACUUCAUCUCCGCUUUGCUGCAGGUCUACAUCUCAAUCCUUGACUGCGAAGCAUUUCCACGGUCAUGGCUGAGUGUCCAUAUCUUUCAUCACAAGGCUACGAUGCGCGCUUUAGGGAAGCUCUUUAACAAUCUUACAGAGUCUUUCCUUCCUUUACCUGACGAAGCAGACGUUUUCAAUACCGAGAUUUGGCGUGCGUUCUUCGAUGCGCUAUUGAAACUUGUCGGCAGUGAUGCGCUUGCCCUGGAGACUUACCCCGAGCAGAAGCGGCGAGCCGUCUGGAAAAUCGCUGGUGAUGUUCGCGAACACGGCGCGGAGUUGCUCCAACGCAGUUGGGAAGCUAUCGGCUGGGAAACCAGUGCCGAGGACAAGAGCCAGUACGGCCUCGAGAAGAUGGGCGGCUUCCAAGUGCAAUACGUGCCUGGUCUUGUUUGCCCGAUUGUGGAACUAUGCCUCAGUGUACAUGAGGGCUUGCGUAGUGUAGCAAUCGAGGUUUUGCAGACCAUGAUCGUUAGCGAGUGGACAUUGAGCGAGGAUUUGUCACUCAUUCAAGCAGAAAUGAUUGACUGCUUGGACCACUUAUUCAAGACGAAGCACCUCACCGAGGCUGUAAUGCAGAAGCAUUUCAUUCAAGAGCUCGCGGACUUGUUCGAUCCGGUGACUCAAGAUCCAGAGGAGCCAUUACUUACAGCAGUCCGAGACCUCAUUGCGAUAGUCGAAGAACUACUGGACCUCCUCGUUGCCGUACACAGCACGGAAGCAACGGGUGAAGUGUUCCAUGUCAUGGACACCUUGCACCUGAUGGGAUUCUUGCGAGACAUGCAGAAGGAGGAUAUAUAUGUUCGCUACGUGCACCAGCUUGUAGAGUUGCAAGUUGAGGAACAGAACUUCACGGAGGCCGGACUCGCACUUCGAUUACACGCCGAAAUGUACCAGUGGGACCCUACCAAGUUUGAAGAUGCUCUGGUCGAACCUCAUUUCCCACAACAAACCGCGUUCGAGCGGAAAGAGCAACUAUACUUCCAGAUGAUCGAGCACUACGAGAACGGCCAAUCGUGGGACAAUGCAUUGGGGGCUUACACGGAGCUUGCAAACCAAUACGAGCACAAUGUGUUUGACUUUGUCAAGCUAGCCCGGACACAACAUGCCAUGGCCAAGAUCCACGAAGGCAUCGCAAAGGGCGAGCGCUUAAAUGCACGCUAUUUCCGGGUAGUCUACAGAGGGUUGGGCUUUCCAGUUGGCCUUCGCGACAAGCACUUCAUUUUUGAGGGAACUGCAAACGAUCGAUUGGCCUCGUUCACAGACCGCAUGCAACAGCAACAUCCUUCAGCGCUGAUAAUCAAUCCCGGCGCAGAACAUGAUGUUGAGGGCCAAUACUUGCAAAUUUUCCCCGUCAGCCCGCAAAAAGAUCUUACGCAUCCAAUCUUUCAGCGAGCGAAGGUUUCUCAAUCCGUGAAAGACUACUAUCUCCUCUCUCGGCCAUCACAGUUUACAUCAGCUUCGCGCCGCUCGCCGUCCAACGUCGCAACAAAAGAGAUGAGAGUCGAGAAGACAGUGUACACUACAUCUGAGGCGUUUCCCACCAUUCUGCGAAGAAGCGAAAUUGUUGCCGUGGGCGCGGUGACGCUUUCGCCGCUGCAAACAGCUAUCGAGCGCACCUCCCGAAAGACUACAGAACUUACUGCCACUGAGCGAAGGAUUGCAGAGGGUGAUGAUACAGCCUUUAACAUGCUGACUCAAGAACUCAUGUACUCGGUUGACACUGAUCUGGAAACAUGCGUCGCAAACUACCACGAAUUGCUUCCUAACCUACGAGAUUCGAUGGCAUCGGAAGAAGAGGAAUCGGAUGUCCAACAGCCACCAAACCCACUGGAGAAUGCAUUGAGGGUGGCCUUGAUCGACUAUGCUUUGGUCAUUCGCCGUUGCUUGGCGUUGUAUGUCAGGCCUGCUCAGCAAGCCACCAAAGCAGACCUAACACAACGAUUCGAAACGGUAUUCUUCCGAGAGCUCGCCGUCCUAGCGCCGGCGAAUGUGAGGCCGUCUUUACAGUCGCCAGCAAGUUCAUGGGUUGAUUCAACAAUCUCUCGAUCUCGAAUGGUUAGCCCAGCACUCGACGAACAAGUAAACGGGACAAGUAUCACCUCGUCGGUGCUCAAUGGCAGGCCAGCGCGACAAGACAAGAAACGGCUCAGUCUGGCCUUCUUGACCAAGGGUGUCUUGAUGGGCGAUACCGACAAACCCAAGGAGCAAGAUCCCAAGCCAUCUUUGGACUACGCGCCUGACGCCGACUCAGAGACGUCGUCGGUGCACAGUCGUGGCCGCAGCAAGAGCAAGGAAUACUCGCGCAACCGGCUGAGUUUGAAUUUCCUUCGCCCUACUUCUCCGCUCGAAGCAUUACCAAACUUCUCCACCUCGUCAAUCGCCAACGAGACAGAAGACGUCGGUCGACGUAGCCUUUCCCGUGCUCCAAGCUACAAAAGCAAGCCCGAGACAGACGGGGAUGAUGUGCAAAGAAAGGGCAGUAUGAAGAAGCGGCUCAGCUUUAUGAACAUUUCCAAGAAGAGCAGCAAGACUAGUGUAAAGAGCCGAGUCGACAAUGUCCUGGUGGAGUAAGGGAAUUUUGGAUAGCUUCAGAGAUGGUCGGCGAGUAAGUGAAGGAAUGGUUGAAAAAGGAAGCUGGGGCAGAUGUUGGGUGGAUUUCAAUUGCGCUUGGAGGUUCAGUCUUUCUUGCAUUUACACGUUUAAUGCUUGGAUACGGUUUGGGAUGGUUGAUUUUAUAUACCCUUUCAUUAGUCUUUUGGGAGAGAGGUGUAGAAUGAAAGGAUUCUUGCGG